CCUGGCCUUCUGCCAAAAGUCGAAUAAACUCAUAGGAAUGUGAUGUAGAUCUCUUCCCAAGCAACUCGUACAGGUUUUUGUGUACAAAUAGUCUUAGAAAUGUCACUUUUUGGCAAGAUGUGGAAAACUGUUUAGCUCGUUGUGGUGAUGUGCGAGAACUCUAGCGGUUCUCCAGAAAGUGAGAGUUCUCAGGAUGAUUGGCAGAAAUCUUUUGAUGAUCCAGAAACUUCCCAGUUUAAUGGUGAAAGCCCUGUUCAAAUCAGCGAGCGCACACGAGCGCUGCAUUGCAAUGCUUGGGAAGCUUUCUUAGAUAGAGAUGGCAGAGUGGUGAAUGAGUCUGCUCUCAGAAAAGCAGUAUUUAAAGGUGGUAUUGACUGCAAGAUAAGAAAGGAAGUCUGGAGUUUUUUGUUUGAGCUGUAUCCAUUUUCAUCAACAAGGAGGGAAAGAGAAGCCUUAGCUGCUGAAAAUAUAGCACAAUAUGGAGCACUGAAAAUGAGAUGGAAAGAGCUUUUAAAGAAUUAUAAACCUCCAGUGGAUCCUGAUGUUCCUGAGUCAAUACCUCUCUAUCUGAGAGAAUGUAAGAACAAUCAAAUUAAUAACACUGUAAGAGAUGAUGUCACGGAUGGCUUAUCAAAAGAGGUAGUGGAUGAGGAGCAAAUGGUGUUUCUUAAUCUUACAGCAAAGUUUAAGGCAGAUCGCCAACCUAUAGAAAUCCAGAAAUUGUAUUCAUCGAUCAGAGUAAUUGAUAAAGAUGUGCCAAGGACAGACAGAGGACAAGCUUUCUUUGAGGGAAAAGGGAAUCAAAAUCUUCUUGUGCUACGAGAUAUUUUAAUAACAUACAGUGCAUAUCAUCAAGAUGUAGGAUAUGUUCAAGGAAUGAAUGAUGUUUUAAGUAGAUUUUUAAUUGUGCUGGGAUCAGAAGCACAGGCUUAUUGGUGUUUCACUAAUUAUAUGGAAACUGUCAAGAGAGACUUUCUAGAUGAUGGAAUGCUAGACAAAAUAACACAUGUCAGAUUACUACUAAAGAAAAUGGACGAGCAGCUUUUUAAUCAUUUUAAAGCAAACGGAAUGGAAGAUCUUCUAUUUGUUCACAGGUGGCUUGUUUUGACUUUUAAAAGAGAGUUCUCAUUCGAAGACGCGUUGACAAUGUUUGAAAUAAUCAGCAGUCAACACCUUGAAUUGACAUCAAUGGAGGCUGAAAGAGAGCGAGAGAGACAGAGAGCUAAACAAUUAGAGAUAGAUGGAGGUGAAUUUCAUGCGCAGGUUGUGGAAAUGACAAACUAUUCGUUUGAGGUAUUUGUAUGUCUAGCUGUUUUGGAGGAAUACAGAAAAAAUUUAUUGAGGUGUUCGGAGGUUUCAUCCGUGUACAACACCAUUCACAGUUUAUCAAUGAAAAUGGACUUGAACAUUAUCCUCAUGAGAGCAGAGGAAUUAUUCUACAAAUACUGUCGGAAAUCUGUGGUUGACUGCUUUCAAGUGGUCGAUUUGGACACAACAGAUGUAUCUUGAUACCAACAAGCAAGCCAGAGUAACUAGCGAAUAUUGCUAGGAGGAACGCUGUUAAACUUUAUGUCUAGAAUUGAUGACUUUUUUUAAUAGGAUGUUUGAAAUUCAAUUUUGCUUUCACAGUUUAAUGCACCUCUGCCUUCAAUGAUCAUUACUGUAACAGGUUUAACCUUUAAUCGCCAGAACACAUCACAAAAUUGUAAAUCAGGAAUAUUUGUUUCUGUGGUAUUGCAGGAUAAAAGGUAAAGUUUAUGAUUCAUGAAAGCAAUAGUGUAAGAACCGUUCCGAGGCACAUCAACAGUUGUCAUAACUAGCGUUUGCGUGCACUCUGAUUUUGCUUGGUUAACAUUUUAAAAUAGGCAGAGUUACAGUAUGUACUGUCUUUUCCGAGAUAUUUGCUUUAUUUUUAAUUUUCCUAUG